CACACACACACACACACACACACACACACACACACACACACACACACACACACACACACACACACACACACACACACACACACACACACACACACACACACACACACACACAAAACACACACACUCACACAGAGAGACAAACAGCAACCAAACAGUAUUAGGGACAGACACAGCAACGGCCAUUGACAGAGACACAACUCCAUUCUCCAUUAUGAUACAAUGCAACUGACAUGACUCCAGUCCUGAAAGAGAAGCCGCGAGCCCUGGAGAGGUUGUCCUGCAGACUGCUGGUUUAGCAGAGCCAUCUUCACCCUCCAAGGUGAGAGAUGGACCCCCAGGUGAUGGUGCCUGGUCAGGCUGAACAUGGACUUCUUCUGCUGGGGCAGCUGGAGAGGAUGUGGGGGGCCAGGGAACUGACUGACGUGGUUCUCCUGGCCGAGGGCAUUCCAUUCCCCUGCCACCGGGUGGUGCUAUCCGCCUUCAGCCCUUACUUCCAGGCCAUGUUUACCUGUGGUCUGAGGGAGACCCGUGGAGGUGAGGUGCCUCUCAGGGACACUCCUGCCCAGAGCUUGGAGCUGCUCCUGGGGUACAUGUACCGCGCCCAGCUGCCUCUUUCCCACGACAACACUCAGGGAGUGGCUGCUGCUGCCUUCCUGCUGCACAUAGACGGGGCAUUCAGGUUGUGUCAGAGCUACAUGUUGGACAGCAUGGAUACUUCCAACUGUGUAGGACUGUACCACUGGGCCAGAGACCUGGGGGCCGCUGACCUGGCAGACCUGGCCCUGAGAUACUUGUGUCGUCACUUUGCCCAGGUGUGUCAGGAAGAGGAGGUGUUGGAGUUGGACGCCCAGAGUCUGGGGGGUCUGCUGGGUUCAGACGACCUGAAUGUGACCCAGGAGGAGAGCGUUCUGGAACUGGUGCUGCGCUGGGUGGAGAAGCGCAGGGGAGAUGAGCAGAGUGAGGCCCAGGCCGUGGAGCUCCUCAGGCGGGUACGACUGGAGCUGAUAGACCCCAACUUCCUCAGGAGGGCCAGGAGGAGAAACCCGGUAUUGCUCCGGGAUGCGGAAUGCUUCGGGAUGAUUGACGCGGCUCUUCAGACUUCUUAUCUCUCUGUGGCGGCUGCCCCUCCUCGCCCCACCCUGCGUUACGGGAUGGAGACCACAGACCUGCUCCUCUGCCUGGGGGGGACUGAUGAAGGGGGCGUCCCAGCCCGCCGGGGGGGUCAGGCUGACCUCAGCUUAUGCUUCGCCCCCCAGGCCAGAAGGACGUACUACAUCCCCUCUCCAGUGAAGGGGACAGGGACGAUCACGGCAGGGGCAGUGACAAGGGACAACAGCAUAGUGGUGGCUGUAGAAGAGGAGGACGAACACAGGACCAAAAGGCUGGGGAUGUACAGGUAUGAUCGGUCUUGUGAGGGCAGCUGGGAGGAGCUAUGCUGGGUGGGGUACAGGGACAUGUAUGCCCUGGCGGCACUAGGUGAUGCCCUCUACCUGCUGGGGGGACAGAUGAAGGUCAGGAACCAUUACAUCAUCACCAACAGUGUUGAGAGGUGGUCGCUGAGAAGGGGCGGGUCCUGGCUGAGCUUCGCUCCUCUGCCUCUCCCAUUGGCCUGUCACUGUGUGGUCAGCCUCAAGGACCACCUUUACGUGCUGGGGGGCUGGACGCCACAGUCGGACCGUCCAGACGAUGAGCCAGACAGGCUGAGUAGCCGUGUGUUCCAGUUUGACCCAGGCAAGGACCGUUGGAUAGAGUGUGAGAACAUGAGAUACUCACGCUACCGCUGUGGAGUCGCUACACUCAAUGGAGAGAUCUACAUGCUAGCAUUGAAGGUCCCCAAGAACACAGUGGCCUCCAUCAUUCCUAAAUGGAAGAAGUUUGGAACCACCUAGACUCUUCCUAGAGCUGGCCUCCCAGCCAAACUGAGCAAUCAGGGGAGAAGGGCCUUGGUCAGGGAGGUGACCAAGAACCCGAUGGUCACUCUGACAGAGCUCCAGAGUUCCUCUGUGGAGAUGGGAGGACCUUCAAGAAGGACAAGCAUCUCUGCAGCACUCCACUAAUCAGGUCUUUAUGAUAGAGUGGCCAGACGGAAGCCACUCCUAAGUAAAAGGUACAUACAUACAUGACAGCCCGCUUGGAAUUUGCCAAAAGGCACCUAAAGACUCUCAGACCAUGAGAAACAAGAUUCUCUGGUCUGAUAAAAAACAAUAUUGAACUCUUUGUCCUGAAUGCCAAGCGUCACGUCUGGAGUAAACCUGGCACCAUCCCUACCGUGAAGCAUGGUAGUGGCAGCAUCAUGCUGUGGGGAUGUUUUUCAGCGUGAGGGACUGGGAGACUAGUCAGGAUCGAGGCAAAGAUUAACGGAGCAAAGUACAGAGAGAUCCUUGAUGAAAACCUGCUCCAGAGCACUCAGGACCUCAGACUGUGGUGAAAGGGGUUUACCUUCCAACUGGACAACAACCCUAAGCACACAGCCAAGACAACGUAGGAGUGGCUUUGGGACAAGUCUCUGAAUGUUCUUGAGUGGCCCAGCCAGAGCCCAGACUUGAACCCAAUCAAACAUCUCUGGAGACAUGAAAAUAGCUAUACAGCGACGCUCUCCAUCCAACCUGAUAGAGCUUGAGAGGAUCUGCAGAGAAGAAUGGGAGAAACUCCCCAAAUACAGGUUUGCCAAGCUUGCAGCUUCUUACCCA